AGAAGCGCGUCUCAUUGGUUAAGCACGGUCCGGGCGCGCUUGUCCGUGGUGGGAAAUGCAGUGGCGUUCCUGCUAUUGUUUGUGAAGGGUAAUCGGACUUCUCGGGCACGCAAAAGGGGAAGGCAAAUUUCAAGUAAAAAAAUUAAACAGAUAUAGAAAAAUUAACUUUCGACUUAAACAAUUUCAAUCGCAACUCGGCUUCACUCUCGCUCGCUCGCUCCACGAUGAGCGGCGGAGCGCGCCCGCUGCGGCCUGCGGAAGCGGCGCUGCCCCUGCUGCUCUCUCCGCCGCCGCCGCCGGGCAAAGCAGGCAACGUCGAGGCUCAGGUAAAGUGCCCGGGGCCUGGUAGGCCCAAGCAGGGUCCACCAGGAGCCGUGGUCUAUCUACUGUUGGACGAAGGCCUCGUCAUUAGCCGUGAUCCACUGCUGGAUGAAGGCCUUCCCAUCAUCAGCCGUGGUCUAUCCACUGUUGGACGAUGGCCUCGUCAUUAGCCGUGAUCCACUGCUGGAUGAAGGCCUUCCCAUCACCAGCCGUGGUCUAUCCACUGUUGGACGAUGGCCUCGUCAUUAGCCGUGAUCCAUUGCUGGAUGAAGGCCUUCCCAUCAUCAGCCGUGCUUCAACUCCUGCGCCGCCUGCAAGAGUUCCCCGAGUCCUUCCUGCCACCAGCGCAGCAGCAGCAGCAGCAUUGUCGUCAUCAUCCGCAUCAUCAUUGUCAGGAGGUGGAGGAUCAUGGAACACCGGGUGACUGGCAGGGGACCCAGAAACUCAUCGCUGCUCUGCUGUCGUUGGUGUCCUCUCCGUCGACAUCGUCGUCGUCGCCAGCAAACCUCGAGUUGCGCGUGCACGCCACGCUGGCGCUCACCACGCUGCUGGUGCUGUCGCAGCCCCCAGCGAAUGACGGCUCCGGCGACGACGGAGACGAUGAUCGGCGGGCGGCGGCGGCGGCGGCCCUCGCUCACGCGCUGUCUCAAACCGCGUUCCACCCUGCUGCAGCUCGUGGCCAGCUCGCAACACCAGCAGAAGCGCCAGCAGCAGCAGCAGCAGCAGCAGAAGAGGGGAGGUGCGGAGCGUGGAGCCGUUGUCCCGGCGCCCCUGAGGAGGGUCGCUCUGGAGGGCCUUGUGGAGCUCGAGGCCGCCUUCCCCGGGCUGCUCUGGGAGGAGCGGCGAGCAGCUGAAGGCGCUGGCAGCCGGGACGACGGUGGGCGUGGCGGCACUGUCGGCGCUCGUGCUCGCCAACGGACACAGCUGCCGGCGGCGGCGGGAUCGCGACGGGCGUCGUCGGCGGCGGCGGCACCUCGACCGCUACCGCUGC